UUCCAGGACUUUUAGGACACGGUCAUACAUGUAUUUUCCUCGUGAGAAGAUGAAUCGCCGAUGAACGACGUAUCCUCUAAUACGCGAGCCAAACUGCAGAGGCGGCUGACGAUUUCGGGAUCCGUCUGUCACCGCCGUUCAAACAGAAUCCUGUUUAAACCUGGUUAGCGGUCGAUCAGAUGGCCGGCAGAGAGACGCGCGGCUCACGUGAGCCCGCGUCCAUUUGCUCUUCCUAUUUUCGUAGUCGUACGGUAUAUAAAGAGAGCCCCCCCGUCCUCGGUGAGCAUUGCCGAAAGAUUUUGGCAGCGGUAGCCGCGCUUUUCUGCGCCGUGCGCGGCGCCGUACAUAGAGCGGGAGCUUUCGAGACGCGCGUGGACGCGUGAGCGCGGGUAGAAGAAGAAGAAGAAGAAGAGGAGGAGGAAGAAGAGGAACAUCUCGAAUACACGCGGGGAGGACACGAGACACAAGCUUAGUUUAUCCGUUGGCAUUUCGCGAACGUCCAUCCAUUCCCGCAAGCGACGCCCGUCGUCGUUUUGCAUUCGCGCGUCGACGCGAUCGAUUUUCGCGCUUCUCCCCUGGAGACACCGCGCCAUAGGCGGAGCGGAGCUUAAAGAUAGACUCCUGUUCGUCCUCGCUUCAUCGCGCUUCACCUCUCCGGACCCGCGAGGACCGAACUCGAAACGCGUUAACGCGAAUGACGUAAUGCCUUCGCGAUCACCCGCGAAAGAGCCCGCGUUCUUCUCCAAGGGGAAAGAAAUCCUCAAAGUCGGCUCCGCGCGAACGUUCCGCGCCGUUCUCCGCCGUUUUUCUCGCGGCUUGAUUUGAUUCUUCCUCCUUCACGUGGUGCGUUUUCUGGAUCGGGGAUCUCGAUCGCCGCUGAUCGAGAUUGGAGCCGGAUUAAUGGCCGAAUGUUACCUGACGUGAACUCCAAAUAUUGAUAACGUGUCAAUGGAUGACACGUGAUGCGAAUGAACAUUGGUCCUUCUGCGAAACCUAGGCAGUGUUUAUCAAGAUUAAUUACGUCUCAAUUACGUUUCAAAGAGUGAAGGAAGACGAAAGAAAGCGAAAAUGGGGAAUACCGACAGUUCCCAUGAUGUGGAAAUGAGCUCGCUGUCGAUAGCGGCGGUGAACGAUCGUCCCCAUGUUAUGAGAACGCCAAUGCGCCCGAUGAUAGCGGAAUACGAGCCAAAGAAGCAGGGUGUGAAAACCGAACUUUCAGACGUGGUGCUUGUCAAAUACAAGUGCGAGAAAAAUGACGUGCCCAUUACGGUAACGAAUGGCUCGACUUUGCCGCUCGUGGAACGACCGAGCGACGAGGAGGCCGCCCUUUACGACCCGUUCGAACAUCGCAAGCUCGCCCACCCCACCUCGGACCUCGACACGCUCAUACAUCUGCUCAAGGGGAGUCUGGGUACGGGCAUACUCGCGAUGCCGAUGGCCUUCCGCAACGCCGGCCUCGCCUUCGGUCUCUUCGCCACCUUCUUCAUCGGCGCGGUGUGCACCUACUGCGUCCACAUCUUGGUCAAGUCCGCCCAUCUCCUGUGUAGGCGGUUGCAGACACCUAGUCUGGGCUUCGCUGACGUGGCCGAGGCUGCCUUCUUAGUGGGGCCCGAAUCCGUUCAGAAAUACGCCAGACUCGCCAAGGCAACUAUUAAUUCGUUCUUGGUGAUCGAUCUGGUCGGUUGUUGCUGCGUAUAUAUCGUCUUCAUCUCGACCAAUCUCAAGGAGGUCGUGGACUAUUAUACGGAAACGGACAAAGAUCUGCGAGUAUACAUGGCGGCGUUACUGCCAUUUCUCAUCAUCUUCUCUCUAGUGAGGAAUCUCAAAUAUCUCGCACCGUUCUCGAUGGUGGCGAACAUACUGAUCGCCACCGGUAUGGGCAUCACCUUUUACUAUAUUUUCCACGAUCUGCCUACCAUCAGCGAUGUACCAAAUUUCUCCAGCUGGUCUCAGCUGCCCCUUUUCUUCGGUACUGCUAUCUUUGCGCUUGAAGGUAUUGGUGUUGUCAUGCCAUUGGAAAACAAUAUGAAAACUCCGUCGCAUUUUAUCGGUUGCCCAGGCGUCCUCAAUACCGGUAUGUUUUGCGUCGUAUUGUUGUACAGUACUGUUGGCUUCUUUGGCUACUGGAAAUACGGGGAGAACACGAAAGCUUCGAUUACGCUGAAUCCCCCGCAAGACGAGGUGUUAGCGCAGUCCGCCAAGGUGAUGAUCGCCGUGGCAAUCUUCCUCACUUAUGGACUCCAAUUCUACGUGCCGAUGGAGAUCAUCUGGAAGAACGUUAAGCAGUUCUUCGGCUCUCGUCGGCUGCUCGGCGAGUAUCUUCUCCGUAUCACGUUGGUGAUCUUCACCGUUUGCGUGGCAAUCGCGAUCCCCAAUUUGGGCCCGUUCAUCUCCCUCGUAGGGGCCGUGUGUCUGUCCACGCUGGGCCUCAUGUUCCCCUCGAUAAUCGAGCUGGUGACUGUCUGGGAACAAGAGAACGGCCUCGGCAAGUGGAACUGGCGGCUGUGGAAGAACAUCGCCAUCAUCUCUUUCGGCGUGUUGGGCUUCCUCACCGGCACGUACGUCAGUAUCCAAGAGAUCCUGGAAGGCAAAUGAGACGCCGUGUUCGGCGCGAGGAGCGGAAAGCAUCCGCUCGCGGCAAUCGCUCGUCGUCCGGCGCUAAUUCAGGCGACGAGUACCAAGUGUGACAGCGUCUCUCUCUCUCUCUGGGCGUCUCUCGCGCGGAUGACGCAACGCUGUCAGCAGACGGACCACUGGAUCCGGAUCAGGAUUCCUCCCGAAUCCCUAUUCCCGUAUCCUUCCUUGUCGGUAGUGCGACAAUUGUGACAAUAAUGACGAUGACGACGACGACGACGACGACGAUGAUGACGACGACGACGACGACAAACGAUGACGACGGAGACAUCCGCAGAGGUCUUCGCGUGAUCGGAUUUUCAUUUAUCAUUUUCUUAACCAGUAGUCGAAUUAGUAUUACGCGCAUCGUGUACGGUUGACGUAACGAGUGUAUACGGUCGGAGGAGAAAUGACAUAUUUGCGCAUUCUCGAUAACGUUAUUUCCGUUAUUUCCAGUAAGAGUUAUGCAGGAUUACUUAUAGAUAGACUAUUGUGUUAAAUUGGCGCAAACAUUACCUAUUCUACUAAAUAAGGUAGAAAGCAAAAUUAUAUAUAUUAAUUUUGAGAAAGCAACAAUUUUGUCAACGUCUGAUUCCUAAUGGUACACCGCUUAUAUAUACAGGUAAAGCGGAUCAAACUGAGAGAAGAAGUCUUCUAUUAUUUUGGAAUUUCCGCAAUUAGUUAUUAAUUAUUAAAAAUCGCCGAAUAAGUGUGCAGGGUAUAUCUGCACACCCCACUAGCAAAUAACAAACAUGUAGUGAGACGUGACCGUCUAAUGUUACGCAAUGAAAUGUUUGGAGGUGUGCAUUAUAAACAGAUGUUCUGUCAUUUGUAGACUGUCACUUCUAAAUACCUCGCUGUGCUACCAAUUGCGAACGUGUGUUAAAUGAUUGGCACUUCGUCGCGCGCUCGCAUUGGCUGGGCGGAUAUGCGCUCAUUCUAUCUUCAUUCUAUCUCAUUCGAUCUUUACUAAUUAAUAACUCGGUACUAAUUGCUAAAAUCGCAAAAUGGUUGAGGACUUUUCUGCCCACUUUAACCCGCUCUUCAAGCGAGAUGUCAUUAGGAAUUGGACACUCUAUAUGUAUAUUUAAUUUGAUGAUAUGCUUUUCAAGAUUUCUUAAAAAAAAUUGCAGGCUUGUAACUUCAGGACUUAAAACAGAACAGUUGACAUAGAAAAAUUGAAAAAUUUUUAACGCCAAUUUAAUACCUCCAACUAUGAUCUUUUAAAAACAAGAUCUUUAAGUAAGUUGCAGUAUUUGACAAAUUUUUAUUUUAUUUUAUAAUUUUAUAUAUACAUCAGAAUAUUACAUCGGAAUAUUUAUAUUGAGGUGCCGGUCUUCGGGAAUUCCAAUCUUUGAUCUUUAAUGAUGAACGAACGAAAUUUAAAUCCUUUUGCUCUUUUUUUUCUCUAUCAUUUUAGUCGAUAAUAUCACAUCAACCGUAUGUGCGUAUGUGCGUAGAUUUUUGUAAACUUAACAACUGCGGGACGGUUAUUUAGAGUAGCGUACGCAAUUAUUUUCUGGUCGUACUUUGUAUACCUAUAUCGUGUAUAUAAAAAAUACACAAACCAUCAUGCUUCAUGAAUGACAAGUGGGAACCGUACGCCGUCAGUUAUUACGUGCUUAUUUGCUCGAUCGGAUUAUCAGUAAGAUAGAUGGUCUCGAUAUGAUUACGCGGGUCGCUCAGACAUUAAUUUUCCAUCGUCUAAUCAAGGAAGUUGCGUUAACAAAACAUCUUGUUUGAGCAUAUCAAUAUAAGUAUUCGUUUUUGCAUAUUAAUACAAUGCGCCGAAUUAAUAUAAAGUUACUUCUCUAUUCUUUGAAAUUCUACAAAGUUCAUAUGAAACAAUAUCGAUCCGCCAUAAAAGUCCAUUUGCGGCCUACGUAAAUGUGUCUGAGACCUCUGCUAUAAGAAAAUGAUCUGUAAGAUAUUGCGUUUCGCGGAAGAACGUCAUGAUUGAGCAUCACGUCAAUUUUUCUUUAAACAUUGAUUUGAUUCUAAAAAUACGUAUACGAGCGAACGGUGAAACGAACAAAGAAAACGAAUGUUCGGACAUGUUCGCAUGUUCGUAGUUCAUUUGUUAAUUUAUACUGAACAUCCGUGUUCAGCAAUGUUCAUCAUGACGGUGAUAUAUUCAUCAAAUACCAAAUAUGAAAA